UUUUACACCUCGUCAACCCCCCGUCGUCCUCGUCCGAACCCGCUGGUCUUCUUCCUCGCCACCUUAUUGUCUCUGUCCAAUAUGAAGACCGCCACGUUCUCUUCCCUGCUCGCCCUACUCGCCGCCUCGGCAUCCACUGUCGCCGCCACUGGCAACCCUCCAGAUGUCUUUGCCGUCAACAUCUUGAACCUCUACCCGGAGGACUGCCAGUGGGACACGACGCGCAAGCUGUAUUACCAGUCCAACCUGUGGAAGGGCCGUGUCAGUGUGACGGACCCCAAAAACACCGAUGCGCACUUCAACGUGCUCAUCCCUGGCGUCAGCUCGAACGGCUACGGCGAUCAACAGUUGGCCGGUCUUUCGCUCGACACGCGCACCGCCGCCAAGCGGCUCUACGCAGUCGCCAAGGACAGCAAGGCAUUUGACUUCAGCAAUCAGCGCACCGACGGUCCUUCGAGCUUCCACGCAUUUAACCUGCCGGUCAAUGCCAACUCGCAGCCGACCUGGUCGAUCGACUUGAACACGGUCCAGGAGGAGUUCAAGACGCAGACGGGCACCCGUCCAUUCGGGCCCGUCGACUCGGCUGUUGACAGCAAGGGAAACAUUUACGUCGUGUUUGAGCUCGGCAUCCCCGCGAUUGCCAAGGUCUCGCCGGACGGAAAGACGGUGCAGGCGUGGUACUCGGAGGCGUCGAACGGGAGCCAGCGCCCGGGUUACACGGGCAUCACGUACAGCGCGUCGGCCAACAAGCUUAUCGCAUACGGCGGCCCGCGAAUCCUGACGACGUUCGACCUCUCCGCCAACGCAGUGUCCGGCCAGGCGAGCAUGGCGCCCGUCAGCGUCAGUGGUAACUAUGGCAGCCUGCUCGUCAGCGAGAAGCUCGUCACGGUGCCUUCGCUCGACAGCAGCGGAAUCCGGUUGCUCGGCGUCAAGGCGCCGUACGUCUACUCGUUCAGCUCGCCGGACAACUGGGCCACCGCGUCGUACAAGCGCUACACCCGCCCCGAGUUCAACAACAACACGCUCCUCAACGUUUGCGAGGGUGAAUUUGGUGGUGGACGCCAGAUCUACGGCGUGGGAGGAUAUCUGAACGAGGGACCCAAGGGCGGCCGCAAGGAGUUCCCGAUGUAUCACCUCCCCGACUCGCUGCUGCAAAAGUGAACCACGCGCAGCGCAUCGCAUUCGAGGCUGCAUGGCUACCGCCAUGCUUUCCCGCCUGCCUGCUGCUGCUUCGCAUCAUUGGUUUGAUAUUUUCACAGCCUUUGAGUAUGCGAUUACUUUUCAUCACACGGACUUUUCAUCCAUCGUUCCCUUUAUCCAUGAUCCACUCCCCUUCCAUUCACCGCCACAGCUGUUGCUGCCGGACCAACAGGGAUAG